CAUGAAGAUGCAAUCCCAAAUUCCACAGACGUGGCAAUUUAAUGCGAUCUUUAAACUUGUGUGUACAAGCAAUCUACAUCCAUCCAUAUAUAAAUAACCGUCUAAAGUCUCAACUACCCAACACAACACCAUCAAUCUCCCCCUCUCUCCCCCGAAGCUUUGAAAAAAGAGAAAUCAUGAAACUCCAAACCCUAAUUCUUCUCACAAUUCUCCUAUUAGCCUCCUCGUCUGCGAGGAAACUAUCUUCGCCGGCGGUCGGUGGUUAUUCCCCCAUCGCCGACAUCAACGAUCCUCACGUCAUCGAGAUCGCCAAUUUCGCCGUCACUCAGUACGACAAGCAAAGUGGUGCCAAAUUGAAGUUCAACAAAGUCAUCAAAGGUGAAUCUCAGGUUGUUGCAGGGACUAACUACCACCUCACUCUCUCCGCCGGCGAAGGUUCCGUUUCGAAGAUCUAUGAAGCUGUUGUGUAUGAGAAGAUAUGGGUUCACUUCCGAAACCUCACUUCCUUUGAACCCGUACAUGCUUAAUUUAUCAAAACUUGUGUGGAUCUUAUAGCAUCAUUCCCCUAUGAUGUAAUGUAUUGUUAUUGUGAUUAUUUAUAUAAAUAAAAGUUUAUGUCUGGAAAAAUAAAAGUUCAUUGUUAUUUUUCA